UGUGUGUGUGUGUGUGUCGGUGGGUGCGUGGGUGGGGGGGUCUGACUGACACCUGUGUUAAGAGCAGAGCCGCCACUCGGCGCGACAGGUUCAGUUAGCGCACUGAGCUCCACGAAAUAUCGAGUCACUUGCGCUCCGACGCUUUGGCAAAGGCUGGGUAAAGUACCUGCUUCUUUACCGAGCCUGUGCCCUGUGAGCGCUGGUGCCCCGGCGGGCUGGAUGUGCAUGGAAGGGAAUGGGGAAAGCAGCUGAUUACAGCAGGGAUUCACAGCGCUCAUGGAAGCACACUGUUGCUGUGCUGCUGCUGCUCAUCCAGCUGCGCUGCUCAAAAGGAGGGACCCAGUGCCGAAUCCUCAGGUGUAACUCGGAGUUUGUGAGCGCGACCAGCAGGAGCCACGAGGGUGGCAACGAGGGCUACUGCAGCGCCCUGCGCUCCUACGCCCUGUGCACCCGGCGGACAGCCAGGGCCUGUCGUGGUGACCUUGCCUACCACUCGGCCGUGCAGGGGAUCGAGGACCUCCUGAUGCAGUACGACUGCCCCAAGACGGGUCCCACCGCCCAGCACCGCCCCCCAUCGCAGACCCCGCUCUCUGGCGACGCUUGUUUCUACGAGAGGGCCUUUCAGCAACGUGAAGGCCGCCUCCCCGAGUACUUACAUUGUGGGGUUUUUGGGGACCCCCACAUACGCACCUUCAACAAUGAGUUUCAGACCUGUGUAGUGGAGGGUGCGUGGCCGCUGAUCGAUAACGAGUACCUGUACGUACAGGCCACCAGCACGGCCGUGGCAGGCCGGGAACGCACCACGGUACUCAGCAAGGUCACCGUCAUCUUCAAGAAUUGGCGCGAGUGCAUCGAGCAGCAGAUCUACCAGGCAGAGCUGGACAAUGUACCGGGUGCCUUCGUGGACGGCUCCGUGAGCGACGGCGAGCGGCGUGGCCACCACAGCCUACAGGUGCGCAGCCAGGCUCCCGGGCGCCACGCGGAGAUCUGGGCCGCGCACAUUGGGACCACCCUGGUGGUUAGACAGACGGGACGCUCACUGGGCCUGUCGGUGCGCUCCCCUCGGGCUAUAGUGGACUCCUUCACCGCGGAGAAAGACCUACAGCUGUGCAUGUGGGGCUGCCCCUCCUCGCAGCGACUGGCUGGUCCCCCGGCAGAUCCCUCCGGCUUCGCUCACACCCACUGCUCUGGCGUCCUCCCCACCAAGGACAUUUACUUCCAAGCCUGUGUGCUGGAUGUCCUGGCCAGCGGGGACUCCAACUCGAGCACCGCUGCCGUUGCAGCCCUGGAGGACGCCCGCGCUAUGAUUUCCGAACCGGAGAAAGUGCACCUGCUGCUUGCGAGGACAGCUGAGCACCGCCCCCGCCUUACCGUGAUUUUCACUGUGGUGAUUUUCACGGGGCAAAUGGUUGAGGCCCUGUCUAUGCUCUGUGCAUAAUCAACAGACUUCAGUUUUUGUAAAAGGUUCUGCCUUCUGUAGCUUCUUCCAGUCAGAGAUUCCACCACUUUUUGGUGGUGCUGGUGAUACCACAAUGUCAUGCAUUAAGUUUCUCUCUACAAGGACAGAAACAAGCAAGUGGCAAAUUCAUUGUUCUCCCAGUUUUUUGUGCUCUCGGUUUGUUUCUGUAUGAUUUUCACUAUUCUGCUAUGGCGCGGAUUAUCUGAAUAUUUUGUGGUUAACAAUAUUUCAUAUGUUCUACAGAAAUGAUGACACUUGACCUGGAGUUAAAGUGCAGUAUUAAACAAUGUGGCACAAAGUGGUUUUGGAUCAUGUAAAUACAGUAUGUACAGUGUUAGUCGGCUGGCAUAACUCGUUUUGUGGAUGUUCCAUUACUGGCAGUUAUGUUUGCUCUACAUACCAAUGUGAGGUGUGUUAAAAAAUGAAUAAUAUAUUUGGUUUUCUGCCACACUCAUUCAAGAGAAAACCGUCUAGAAAAUUACAAUGUUUUAUGCAAUAUGUUUCUGCAUGUGUAAGUAAUAUAUGGCUGUAGUUAGAGUCAAAAAACGAUACAGCCAGAUUUCGAUUCAGAGACCAUCUUCUGUGCUGCCAGCACUGGGGUGAGAGUCCCUGGGUCGAGGGUUGCAAGCCUUCUUCGUUCGUACUGCCUUACCUACUGAAGACCACCUACUGAACAGGCAGAUGUGUCCCGAGAAGCACCUGACCACUCCAAAAACUGCAUGCAACAUAUGAACUCUUCUCCUCUGUGUGAGCAGACACUUGCCUUCACCCCCCCCUCCCAUUUCCACCAUUCCCUAUUGACACUGUGCCAGCCCUGUUUUUAAACAUUGCCCUUUUUAUUCAACUUGUUGCAUGUCUCUCUUUUUCGCAUUUUUCUUUAGUUUGAAGUCUGAAGGAACCUGUUGGAAAGGGUGCAAUACAAAGACAUAUUGAAUUGAAUCAUAGUUAUAUGAACUCAUAUUCGUUAUUAGUGGGAAUAUUUAAGGGAUCUUUUAUUUGUCACUACUGUUUUAUGUGCGCAAAUAUAAAAAUCUUAAUGAUGGAAUAAAGAUGAAUA